ACUCCUCUUUUCUUCCUUCGAAUCACAGUGAAGUUAAUCAAUAGAAUCUUUCGCUCAUUCCUUUAAUAUUGUACUGAGGAAUCUCAUUUUUACCCUUGACUUCUAACCCAAAAGUACACAAGUUUACUGUUUACAUUCCUCGAAAACGAUAUGGGAUGGUUUUGGGCGGAUUCUCCCGCAACCGUUGCGGCUGCGAAUAUGAGAAAUGCCCCUCACCCAAUGCCCAAGAAUAGCGAUGCAACUCCUCCUGUGAGUGCCCAUUCUCUCCAAUAAUUAGUCACUUUGAGAUUCUGAUUUUCUUCUCGCAGCCAUCAUGUCCUAUGCACAAGCCCAGCGCAGAUGCUCUUAAGCCUGUGGCAAAACCUGCAGCAUCACCCGAAUCCGCCUGCCCAUAUACUCCUGACAAUGUCUCUCAAGACCCUAAAUCGACAUCUAAAUACUCCAAAUACAAUCCUCUAAACUACAUGUUUCCAGAUUUAUCUCAAGAGCGAGCGAAAGAUCAGACUAUCGCAUUGCCAACUGAAAGAGAACCAUCUACCAUCCCUAAAGGUACUGGCGAUGGUAACUGGGAGUAUCCUUCGCCGCAGCAGAUGUACAAUGCUCUUUUGCGCAAAGGUUAUACUGAUACGGAUGCGACUGCCGUGGAGAGUAUGGUAUCGGUUCACAAUUUUUUGAACGAGGGAGCUUGGGCUGAAAUCGUAGAAUGGGAGCGAAGAUUUGGUAAAGGACUGUCCAAGGGUUGGGAGAAUUGUAAGAGGGGGGAAGAGGGUUCAAAGGCAGGCGCAGACAUUGGUGCAAAUGAAGAUGAAGUGCCCCAGCCAAAACUAGUUCGAUUUAUGGGGAGACCGAAAGAGAUGACACCAAAAGCUGCGAUGAUUCAACUAAUGGGUUGGGCUUUCCCAGAAAAAUAUGGGUAUGUUUUUCGUAAUUCCUGUUGAUGGCGGAGAAUAUGUCUAACGUGGUGAUAGUACCGAGCCCCCAUUUGAUCGUCACGAUUGGUUUGUCCAAAGAGAAUGCAAUGGUCAGAAGAAGGAAGUUCGAUAUAUAAUCGAUUAUUACUCGGGAGGAGAAGAACCCACUGGGGAACCAAUAUUCUAUCUUGAUGUCAGACCCGCUCUUACUCCUACGCAAGCAGUAGAACGCAUGAUGCGAUGGGGUGGUGAUGUCUGGUAUCGUGCGUCGGGUGCGUCUGUUAGAGAGAACAUCAAGAAGAAUUGAAAACGUACCUUUUGAGAUUUGGAACGGCGUUUCUUGCAGUGGUUUUUAAGGAAUACGCUUCAGCCUGGGUUAGGAUUUGGUAUUGAUGGUUACGAUCUGGGUGACUUUUGGUUAUGCAUUAUGGAAUGGUUCCUUUUGGGAACCCCGGUUUACAGCUCUCUUCUCUUGUAGUUAUUGAUACCUAAAUAAUGACAUUUCCUAUUCA